AUGUCCUUAUGGAUUAUGUGUCUAGAUGCAUCGGUUUAGAGCUGUCCAAGUGUAUGCGCGUAUUCGCGCGCCGGAAUAUGUACGGGGCCUGAUAUACGUUACUAUGAAUAUACCGCGUUAGGACUCCUUUGGGAAUGUUUCGACCUCCGGAGCUAUUGCGAAUCGCUGAAUUCCUUUCGAAUUCUGAUGGAAUAUGGGUGUAUCGAUCUCUUCACAGUGUCUACCGUCUUUCAUGGUACCGUUCGCGUUUCCUGA